UGAAGAAGACGUACACACACGAUUGAUUCGUUCCUUCCUUUUUUGUGUGAAUCUAAAUUGCCUAAACUUGUGCUUAAUAAAUUAUCCUUAAAAACUCAUCUUCACCAUGGGUACGAAAGUGGAAUCAAAGGCCAAAGGCACAUUUCAACCGGACUCGGAUGUUCACAUCACAUAUGAAGACCAGAUGAAGAUAAACAAAUUUGCUAACUUUAACGCCAAGGUAGAAGAUCUCAAGGAAGAACUUAGAGUUAAACAGAACGAACUAAAAAACCUCGAGGAAGCAGGAGAUGAAAUUGAGCUACUCGACGACGACAUUCAGAUCCCUUUCUUGAUGGGCGAUGUGUUCCUUUCGCACGAUCAAGCAAAAACCCUUGAACUUCUUGCUGAGGCGAAGGAGCGUAAGAAAACAGAAAUAAGCGUGCUUCAGAAAAACAGCCGCGAUUUGCAACAAAAGAUGGGCGAACUUAAGGGAUACUUGUACGGUCGGUUCGGAAGUAACAUUCACUUGGAAAACGAUGAAUAAAGAA